AUGUCGCUGACGGUCGAAGUGAGCCUCAUAAGUGGCAAGACCGUUUCCUUGGAGACACAGCCAGACGACUCUGUGGAUUCAUUGCGGCUUCGCGCCCAAAAAGCUCUGGGAGUCGGAAAAGGUCAACUCUUGAGCUCUACUGGGCAUGUUCUGGAUGGAGGAUCCUCCGUUUCGGACUUGAAGCUGCAGAAUGGGGAAGCGUUAGCUUUGCGAUUAAGGGGAGUUCGGAUAAGUGGUCGGCACGCUGUCGCAGCAAUCCUGGGUGAUGGAUCUGUCGUGACUUGGGGUCCUGCCGAGCGUGGUGGUGAAUGUGCGGUGUCAGAGCAGCUGAAGAACGCACAGCACAUCCAACGGAAUGCAUUUGCCUUUGCUGCAAUCCUCUCCGAUGAUUCGGUCGUGACCUGGGGAUCGGCUAGAAAUGGCGGCGACAGCAAUGCAGUGCGGGAUCAACUUCAGAAUGUGCAGGAGAUCCAAGCAAAUGAUUCGGCGUUCGCAGCCAUCCGGAAGGAUGGGUCGGUUGUCACGUGGGGUGCCGGAACAAGUGCCCGGAGCAGUCCUCAGCUGAAGAGUGUGCGGCAGAUUCAAGCCACCCUCAUGGCUUUUGCUGCGAUCCAGCACGAUGGAUCGGUCGCCGCCUGGGGCGCUUCAAGCUUUGGUGGUGACUGCAGUGCGGUACAAGACCAACUGAAGAAUGUGCAGCAGAUUCAAGCAACCCAGCGAGCAUUUGCUGCGAUUCUUGAAGAUGGGUCCGUCGUAACUUGGGGAUUUCCUCGAGGUGGUGGUGACAGCAGUGCCGUGCAAGACCAGCUCAAGAAUGUACAGCAGAUCCAAGCAAAUCUUGCUUCCUUUGCGGCGAUCCGCAACGAUGGAUCGGUUAUCUCGUGGGGAGCGUUGGGUGGUGGUGACAGUGCAGCUGUACAGGAUCAGCUGAAGAAUGUGCAGCAGAUUCAGGGCACCAAUCUUGCCUUUGCUGCGAUCCUAAAAGAUGGGUCGGUUGUCACUUGGGGCGAGGCAGACUUCGGUGGUGACAGCAGCAUGGUACAAGACCGGCUGAGGCAGGUCCAGCAGAUUCAGGCAACUAAUGGCGCUUUUGCUGCGAUCCUCAGCGAUGGGUGUGUCGUCACCUGGGGAGAUGCUGCCACGGGUGGUGACAGCUGCGAGGUUCAACAUCAGCUGAAGGAUGUGCAUCAGCUUCAAGCAACCUUUAAGGCUUUUGCUGCAAUCUUACACGAUGGGUCGGUUAUCACGUGGGGCGAUGCUGGCUAUGGUGGCGACAGCAUUGGGGUACGAAGUCAGCUGAACAAUGUGCAGCAGAUUCAGGCAACCAACGCUGCUUUUGCUGCAAUUCUCAAUGAUGGAUCCGUCGUCACGUGGGGCGAUGACAAGUUUGGCGGUGACAGCAGCACGUUGGACGAUCAGUUGAGGAGUAUGUAG